AUGGCGAUUGUUUGGAAAGCUUACCAGAGAUUCUGUGUGCAGGGCUUGGAGUACAUCCAGCUGGGGGACGACGACACCGAUCAGGCUGACCUCAGCUUCCCCCCUCCCAUUGGCAUCCUCCGCAUCCUCGUGAGGAGGGGCGUGGACCUCGUUGCAUCCGACUUUGGCCUGCACCCCUCGUCGGACCCCUUCGUCGUUAUCGAGGUUGGCCAGCAGCGCUGGCAGUCCUCCGUCGUCGAGAAAUCUUUGAAUCCGGUCUGGGAGCACGGAAACGUGCAGGACUUCCUGGUGUACGACCGUAGCCAGAAGGCCAACAUCUUGGUUUAUGACAAGGACACCUACUCUCGCGAUGAUCUGAUCGGCUCAGUCUUGGGGAUCGACCUUCAAGCGCUCAUGGCUGCCAAGCCUUGUGACACGGACCUUGCACUCGGCUUAAAGGGCGGGCCAGCAGGGACUUUGCAAAUUUCGUCGCGCUGGUUUGAGCUCUCUCCCGUGGCCCCGCUGGCUGGCAUCCCUCCAGCUGUGGCCCGGUGCUGGCGCUCGGAGCUUGCGGAUGCAGAUUGA